AUGCGCCUCAAUCAUAUUGUACAUGGAGCACCUGUGGGUUAUACCACCUAUGCAAUAGGUGGUCUAGCCUCUAUGGGUGGAUUCCUAUUCGGUUGGGAUACUGGUCAAAUUGCCGAUCUUCUAAUCAUGGAUGACUAUCGCAACCGAUUUGCGCAGCAUGACGUACCUGGUCAACCUAAAGAGUGGAACACAUGGAUUCGAGGUCUACUGGUCAGUCUGUUGAGUGCUGGUGCCGUCUUCGGUGCCCUCGUAGGUGCUCCUAUUUCUGACAAAUUAGGUCGAAGACUCUCGGUCACAUUAGGAUGUAUUCUUUACAUGGUUGGACUGAUUAUUCAAAUCUCUUCUGAUCAUGGCUGGCCGCAGAUGGCUGUUGGACGAAUUUUCGAUGGCCUUGCGAUUGGAUGGCUCAGCUCAGCUAUUCCUUUGUACCAAUCAGAGAUAGUGCCUCGCCAAGUGCGUGGCGCUGUCGUGGGAACGUAUCAGCUGUUCAUUACGCUUGGUAUUCUUAUGUCGUACUGUGCAUGUUACGGUACACACAGUUACAGUGAUUCCGGACAGUGGCGCGUGCCUAUGGGGAUCGGCUUUGCAUGGGGCUUGUUAUUGGGAUCUUGUAUUCUUCUAUGUCCUGAAAGUCCGCGAUGGUUAGGUAAAAGAGGCCAAUUUGAUAAAACCAAACGUGUGCUAGCACUCAUGCGAGGCGUGGAUGAAAACGACGCGUAUCUGAAUAAUGAAUUCGAAGAAAUCAAGCAGGAAGUAAUCAAGGAGGCUGAGCUAGAGGAGAGCGGCACUUGGCUCGACUGUUUCAGCUUCAAACAGAAAGCACUAUACCGCACCUUUCUCGGAAUGUAUCUGCAAAUGGGGCAACAACUCACAGGUGCGAAUUACUUUUUCUACUAUGGUGCAACAAUUUUCCGUAAAGUCGAUCUGAUGGAUACCGAGACAGACAAUUCGUACAUCUCUCAAAUUAUUUUGGGUGCUGUCAAUUUUGUUACAACAUUUCCUGGACUGUAUGCACUCGACAAAUUGGGUCGUCGAACGUGUUUGAUGACCGGAGCAGCUUGGAUGACAAUUUGGCUCAUUGUCUUCGCGACGACUGGUGUGGCGGACAGUAAUGGCGACGAAAUUAAGCAUAAGUCGACUUCUAUUCUUAUGAUUUGCUCAGCGUGUUUCUUCAUUCUAGGUUUUGCAAGUACGUGGGGCCCAGGUGUAUGGUCUUCGAUCGCAGAAUCAGCCGUGCCCACCUUACGUGCUAGACAGAUGGCCUUGGCUACAAUGAGUAACUGGAUAUGGAACUUCAACCUUGCCUUUUUUACCUCUCCCAUCACUGAUGAUAUCCAUUAUGCUUACGGCUACGUUUUCGUUGGAUGUUGUGCGGCAUCGUUCUUGGUGGUCUACUUCUUUGUGUACGAAACAUCGAACCUUGAUUUGGAAGCAAUUCAAGACAUGUUCGGCGACCCGUCUGUCAAGCCAUGGAACUCGCACAAGUGGGUGCCCGCUGGAUGUACAACUCGCAGCGAUGCCAAGCAUGAUAUUGAACAUACUAAACCGGAAAAUGAUGAAUUUUUAACCCCGGAUCAAAGUGAACUCCGCACUGGUGAUGAAGUACCUAUUGAAACAGGCGAGCCAGCAUAA